AUGGAUGAUUUGCUUUUGAACUCGAGAAUAACAAAAGACGAAGUCGAUAUGCUGAAAGAUGAUUUAUCCACUUUUAACGGAUCUUCCAUGGGCAUUAACAAUAACGACACCGAAAUGUCAUCACAGCCACUUCCACCUAUACCUAUCACAAUCAAAUCCGCGGAGAAAAAGAGACAUGAAAAACGUGAAUUUCCCAUAUUCACCUUAAUAAAAAAUCAUCUUGAGAUUUUUAUAAAGAUUUGUAGUCAUCUGGAGCCUUUAGAAUUGGCAUCACUUCGACUGACUUGCAAAGAUUUCAAUGAUCUUCUCAAGUCGCCAAUUGAUUCAAUCACCCAACAAAUUUGGAAACAGUCGCGAGUCAAAUUUUGUGAAUUCUAUCAAUUACCCCCGCCUUUAGGUGUUUCUGAACAGACAUAUGUUGGUAUGAUAUACAGCGAGAAUGGCUGCCAGGUUUGUGGCGAUUUGUCAAAGAGUGCAACCAUCUAUUGGAAUCCCCUCGUGAUUUGUUGUACAAGUUGUUUCAAUAAAAAUACAAUAAGCGAAAAUACAAUCCGAUAUGAAUGGGAUUUUCCCGAAUCAAUUAUUAAAAUUCUGAUUCCUAUAACGCUCAAGGAUUUGUUUGGCGAUUACUUGCGUUAUUAUUGGAUUGCAUCUGUCGGCCAGCAGAUAGAUGAAUUCAUCAACCUUGAGCCAACCGAAGAAAAACCUUGGUUAAAGAGUAAAGUGAUUCAAUAUCAUUUUGCAAUUUCGACUAGUCUUGAGCGCGAGUACUGGGAAAGAUGCCGAUACAUCAAAAAAUAUCGACUGACAACCACAGAAACAAAGAAAAGAAAAUCAAUUAAAGGUAAAGAAGUAGAACGAUUACACCAAAAUAACCAAAAUCAACAGGUUGAAGCUUCCAUUUAUCCCACGUAUUUCGGGUGGCUUGCACAACUUGAUAUUUUGCCAAUAUUCGAAAACGAAUAUAAGAAUGCAUUGAAAGCCGCAUCAGCCUAUUAUGAAUCUGACAUAAGGAUAAUAAAACAAGAAGUUGACAAAUCUAAUAAAUAUGGUGCUGAAAAUUUCAUAACUUGCGUGGGCGUUGAUCAAUUGGACGAUUGUAUUUCGCCCACGGAUACUAUACUUGGUGAUAGCGAUCCUGAGGAUACUGCUGUGUCUCCACGACAUACUAAAAAAGCUAGAUACAAUCCUCUCGAGGAAAGAACAAAUAGUCCGCAACAUACGCCACCGAGAAUUAAAAACGUAGGGUAUUCUUUACGUGCUAGAACUCCGACGAAAUCACCUUCAUCAUCUUUGAAUGGAAAUCUUUGA